CCAUAUUAGAUAGACAUUAUAUAGCUGCGGACGAAGUCAAGGAAGGGGAGCAGUUUCACAGAUGACACGGGUGCUCGGGCUGCAGUAGUCUGUUUACACGACACUCAGGGUAACUGAUAUAUGGUUGACAACAAGUAAGUGAAGCAAACAUCUCGGGCAGCGUCGUCCGAGGCGUUCUGUUUUCGUCGUCGUUUAGCUAACUCGCCGGUAGACAUGACUUCCUUGACUCAGCGGAGUUCGGGCCUCGUGCAGAGGCGGACCGAAGCCUCGCGCAACGCCGCUGACAAAGACCGUCCGUCCUGCGAGGAGGACCACGAGCCCCGGCGGGGAGACGAGCAGGAAGACGACGACACCGGAGACUCCAAAGAAACACGUCUGACCCUGAUGGAAGAGGUGCUGUUGUUAGGACUGAAAGACAGAGAGGGCUACACCUCGUUCUGGAAUGACUGCAUUUCAUCAGGGUUGCGAGGGUGCAUGCUGAUUGAACUGGCCCUGAGAGGACGCCUUCAGCUGGAGGCUUGUGGCAUGAGGAGGAAAGGUCUGCUGGCCAGGAAGGUCAUUUGUAAGUCAGAUGCUCCAACAGGUGACGUGCUGCUAGACGAAGCCCUGAAACACAUCAAAGACACCCAGCCGCCAGAGACGGUGCAGAGCUGGAUCGAACUGCUCAGUGGAGAGACAUGGAACCCCCUGAAACUUCAUUAUCAGCUGAGGAACGUCCGUGAACGGCUGGCCAAAAACCUGGUGGAAAAAGGCGUCCUCACCACUGAGAAGCAGAACUUCCUGCUCUUUGACAUGACUACACAUCCUCUGACCAACAACAACAUCAAGCAGCGUCUCAUCAAGAAGGUCCAGGAGGCUGUACUGGACAAGUGGGUGAAUGACCCUCAUCGAAUGGACAAGCGGCUGCUCGCGCUCAUCUUCUUAGCCCAUUCCUCCGACGUCCUGGAAAAUGCCUUUGCCCCGCUGCUAGAUGACCAAUACGACCUGGCCAUGAAGAGAGUGCGGCAGCUGCUGGAACUGGAGCCCGAGGGAGAGAGCAUGAAAGCCAACGCUAAUGAGCUGUUAUGGGCUGUGGUGGCCGCCUUCACCAAAUGAGGCUACCACAAAGAGGACACCAAGCAGUUAUGGCAUUCAAGUGGCAUUGUACGUUGGGGUGGGAAUCACAGUAUUGACCCCCCAAUCUGGUGACUUGACUGACUUACAGUUAACCCCUGCCUGGACUUUGGAAUGGGCUGCCUCUUUCA